UAGAGGUUAAAGAUCGAUCAGAGAGAGAGAGAGAUCGAUCAUGGGAAGGGGACGAAUUCUAGCUCUCCCAUAUCCUGCACAAGGACAUGUGAGCCCUAUGAUGGCCUUUUGUCGUGUACUAGAAAAACAUGGUUUCAAAAUCACAUUUGUGAACACAGACUUCAACCACAAGCGUAUCGUGAGAGCCGGGGUUGGGAAGGAUAGCCUAAGCAUGGGUUCGAACAACAUUAAUUUUGUGUCAAUCCCAGAUGGAUUGGAUCCUGAGGACGAGAGAAACGAACUUGAAUUCCCCAAGUUGUGUCAAUCCAUGUUACUUACCAUGCCUGCAAAGCUUGAGGAGCUCGUACGAGGCAUUAAUAGUAAUGCUGCUGCUGCAUCAGGUGGUCGUGGAGGAUUAGCAGGUGGUACUGAUGAUGAUGACGAUGACAAGAUUACUUGUUUCAUUACCGAGUUUGGUAUGUCGUGGGCAUUGGAAGUCGCCGAUAAGAUGGGGAUUAAAGGAGCUGCCUAUUAUCCUAUGUGCACCACUUUUUGUAAUGCAACGUCAUUUUUUGCACCAAACAAGGAACUGGAGGCCUUUCUAAACUCCGAUGGAAUCAAAGGAUGCGGGACUGAUCAAUUGCCGGAAGAGGUGCAAAAGAUACUGAGUCUCCCAACAGGCGAUUUAGACACACUGAAGAUCAUAUUUGAAUAUUCGGCACGAAACCUUAAAGCCAUGGAAAAGACGGAGUGGUGGCUUUGUAAUUCAGCAUAUGAACUGGAGCCGGAUGAGUUUGCUAAGGUUCCAAGACUACUACCAAUCGGCCCAAAUCUGGCAGAGAUCAGUGGGAGCUCGAGGGCACAGUUCUUCCAAGAAGACUCCUCUUGCCUAGAAUGGCUCGACCAGCAGCCACCCUGCUCAGUCAUAUACGUUGCUUUUGGCAGCGUCGCAACUUUUGAACCAACCCAAUUCCAAGAGCUAGCUCUCGGACUUGACCUCACCAACAGGCCUUUCCUUUGGGUGGUGCGUCCAAAUAUCAUCAAUAGCUCAAGCUGUGCAUUUCCAGAUGAAUUCAAAGGCACUCGUGGGAAGAUUGUAACUUGGGCACCUCAACCAAGAGUCUUGAAUCACCCCUCCAUCGCCUGUUUUCUAAGCCAUUGUGGUUGGAAUUCCACCAUAGAAGGUUUAUCAAGUGCUGUGCCUUUUUUGUGCUGGCCCUUCUUUGCUGACCAGAUCACUAACAAGAUGUGCAUUUGCGAUGUGUGGAAGGUUGGAGUAGGAUUUGACCCUGAUGAUAAUCAUGGAAUCAUUCGGCGCAGUGAAAUUAAGAAGAAGGUUGAUCUACUGUUCGGCGAUGAUAACAUUAGGGCAAGAUCUUCACAGCUUAGGGACACCGUCCUGAGCACUACUGCGGAAGGUGGUCGGUCCUCCAAGAAUCUCAACAAAUUCAUCAAUUGGCUCAGGGAAUAAUGAAGAUAGAUCGAUGAUCAUGAGCGUGCUAGCUAGCUGGCCAGUGCAUGCAUGCUUUUUAAUUAUAUGAAGUUGAAAUUUCCGUCAGGGAAGAAACUCGAUCUUGAGAAGACGAAGCAAAUAAAAUAUAUAUAUAUAUAUA